UAAUCAGGCAAAACAAAAAGGAAUUUCAGAAAAUCAAAAGCAAACAGUACCCUUAAAUUGAAUUGAUUAUAUCGAAACACUUUCCAGUGUCUGCAACCGACUACGGGAAAUCAAUUCGUUGAUUUCUUAUCUGUCAGUCUCUGAAAUUAAUCUCAAUUUCGUAGCGUCCCUCAUCCUCCAAGGUUGAAGACGACAUGGAUUGACAAGUUGAAUGAAGCAAGCAGCAAUCUGCUUCGUUCUGGGAUCCAGGCCGCGGCGAUAGACGACGGACUUCUAGUUGCGUCUGGCAGCUCCGGUCAUCUUCCUCAAGCGUCUGGCGACGAUGCGUUCAGCGAAUCCGGUCAUCUUCUCCGGCAGUGCGCGACCAGCGGCAGCUCCUUCUGGCAACGCGCUUCUGUCAUGCCUCUCCGACGAACCCACGACAGACCCAGCGCAGUUUCAAGCAGCUCCGGCGGCGCGCGACCUUCUUCAGAACAGAUCCGUGGCGUCUGCACCAUGUCCGGCAGCGGCAACGUCCAACCAUUCCAGCGACAAUCCUUUUCUCAAGAAAGCGUCCAGUCCAGCAAUUCCUUCCCGAUCUACUCCGAUCUAUCACACCGGCUAAGGGACGGCUGUUCUCGGCUCAGCCCCAUGGUGCGAGAACGGCCGAGGUAACCACACCUCAAAGUGGAGGUCGGCGCAUCACUCUAAACCUCGACACCCACCAGAAUUGACCAUCGGAAAAGGUUCAACCCUCACCGGAAUCACUCAUCGGAACACUAUCGGUUUCUCUCCCUUUCCUUCACUCUCUAACUCUCUAUCCGUUUUGGUUCUUAACUCACUAACCAUUCCCAAGAAACUCCAUCUAAUAUAACCCUAAAAAUAACUUCCUCUAGCUAAAAAAUCACACACACAUGGUUAUAACCAAGUGGGCAAAUGGGCAUAGGGUUUGAGGUAUGGGUAUGAGAAUUGGAUUUGGGUUAAAGGAUUCGGCCAAUUCAGUGGUCGGGCUAUGGAGUGGGCUAUCGAGGAACUUCUCGAGUUAGACCUCGAAUAACCAAAAUUUUCAACAGAAAUCAAGUUAGAAAAAAAAUUAAUUGGGUAAACAAACUCAGAAUAGUUACUCCAAAAGUAGUGUUAAUUACUCUAAAAAUAACAAUGUAGUUCCACUUUAAUUUAGAAAAAUUAAAAAAUGUGGAUUAGGUGCUUGUUUUAAGUCAACACUUAACUUGUGCUGAAUGCAUUAUGAUAAAUUAUGCCAUCACAUGAAUUCGGACAUGAGUACCAUACCUGCAAGGCUGCAACAUACACGUGAUAUAUAUAUAUAUACCUGCAGACAUAUUGAUUGCAGUAUAUAUCGAAGCCACAUUAUUUUGUCAUUUAGAAGAUAUUCGAUUCAUAUAUAUAUAUAUAUAUAUUGGACAGUUUUUCGUUAUUGAAAUAACUGUCUGAAACCAUGGCUAUGCGUUUUUCUUGUUUUCUUCACAGGCAAAUUUAUUGCCCUGUUCAAGCCUAUGCUGUAAGGAAAGCUUCGAAACCCAUCUGUGUUUCUUUAACGGCACAUGUCGGCGUCGGCGGCGUGGAGACACGUGUUCAGAUGCCGGCGGAACGGCGAUCGGGAAACUACAACCCCCCGUUGUAUAAUUUCGAUUAUAUUCAGUCGUUAAGCAGCGAGUAUGGGGAGAAUAGGCACUUGGAAAGGGCUUCUGAGCUGGUGAAACAAGUUAAGAUGGCGUUGAAUGAAGAAAUCGACACAGUUCAAAAGUUGGAGUUGAUCGAUGAUUUGCAGAGACUCGGAGUAUCUUAUCUCAUGGAGGAUGAAAUCCAUCGAAUCUUGGAUCGUUUGUAUGCCGAAAGAUUCUGUAAGGAUGAAGAAAAGAGGUCGCUUUACUCGACGGCUCUCGAAUUCAGACUCUUUAGACAACAUGGAUUUAUUGUUGGUCAAGAUGUAUUCGAUUGCUUCAAGAAUGAAAUGGGAGAUUUCAACCCGAGCCUAGGCAACGAUACUUUGGGGUUGUUGCAACUCUAUGAAGCUUCUUUCUUGUUGAGACCGGGCGAAUGGAAGUUGGAGGAGGCGACAAGAUUUUCCAAAGGUUUGCUCGAGGAAAAGCUCGAUGAUGGAUCACUUGGGGUUGAUGAGAAUCGUGUAAUAUCGGUUCGCAGUGCUUUGGAGCUCCCCAUUCAUUGGAGGAUUCAAUGGCCGAAUGCGAGAUGGUUUAUCGACGCAUACGGCCGGAGACUCGACAUGAACCCGGUUUUGCUAGAACUUGCGAAAACCAAUUUCAACAUCCUCCAAGCAAAACAUCAACAAGAGUUGAAACAUGUUUCAAUGUGGUGGAAACAAACUGAGCUAGCGGAGGUGCUGCCGUUUGCGCGGGAUAGAUUGGUGGAGUGCUACUUCUGGACGCUCGGAGGACUUUUCCGGCCGGAGUAUGGCUACACAAGAAUGCAAAUUACCAAGGUCAAUACUUUGAUUACGGUGAUCGACGAUAUAUUCGAUGUGUACGGAACCUUGGAAGAGCUAAAACUCUUCGAUGAAGCCUUCGAAAGAGGCGAUGUCAAAGCGAUUGAGAAGCUCCCACACUAUAUGAAAAUGUGUCAUCUUGUACUCAAUAGCCUCAUUGACGAAAUCGCAUACGGCGUCCUCAAAGAACAACGACUCCUCGUCAUCGAACAUUUAAGAAAAUCAUGGCGGGACUUAUCUCGAAGUUAUCUACAAGAAGCUGAGUGGUUUUCCGCGGGACACACACCAACACUCGAGGAAUACAUAGCCAACGCAUGGAUGUCAAUAUCCGCAAUUACGAUACUUACAAACAUAUAUUUCACCACCGGCGAUCCAAUAGAGAAGGAAGCCAUGGAAGAAGUGUGCAAGUAUCACAACCUAGUUCGUUUUUCCGGGAUGCUCUUACGACUUGCCAAUGAUAUGGGAACGUCGCCGGAUGAGAUGGCGAGAGGUGAUGUGCCAAAAUCGAUCGAGUGUUACAUGAAUGAAAGGGGCGCUAGUCGAGAAGAGGCGAAGGAGCAUAUCAUGGCAAUGAUUGCGGAGACAUGGAAACAUAUGAAUGAAGAAGUUGCAAGAACACAACAGGGGGACUCUCCACAAUUUCCUCGAGCUUUUGUGCGAUGCGCAAUGGAUCUCGGGCGAAUGGCGCAGUAUAUGUACCAACAUGGAGAUGGCCAUGGAACUCAGAAACAGCCUCAGAUCAAGAACAGGAUUCCAUCUCUGCUUUUUAACCCUAUUGAUCAGUAAAGUCGAUACAUUUGGAUAUAUGGAAUAGCAUUUAUUGGUAUCUACAUUAUACUCAAAUUGCUCACUUUGUGAUGGUGAAAAUAAUAUAUAAGAUCUGGUUUAAGUUUAUCUUCUUAC